AAGUAGACGCAUCGGCAGGCCCCGUGGGUCCCGUGGGCCCGGUUGGAACUCGGUGCGUGACUCGGUGACCUACUUGGCCUGGGCCGCAAGUGAUAUACUCGGAGUAGGAGCUCUAAGUCAAGCUGUGUGUUCGGAUCGGAUCGCGCCGCGGAUCGGAUGAUGGAACCGUUCUCGUAUGCCGCGCAGUUGCGGUCGACAGGUCGGUGGGCUUGCUGACACGGCGGUCCACGUGUUUUUGGGCCAAACUUUGUCCGAUUUUAUCUUCAUCUGAUUCCCAGUUCUUACGCGCGCGCGUUGCAGAGAGUUAGUCAAAAAGACAGAGUGGCGUGCCGGGCCCGUACGGAAGUUGUCCAGGGACGUUGCCGUUCAUUGUGGUAGGUGAAAUGAAUCCUGUCUGUUUUUAGCCAUUUAUCGAAUAAUAUUAGCAUUAGUCGCGGGACCGUGCCUCGGGUCCGGAUUGUAGGUCAAUAAACGAGAAAGGGUCCAGCGAGCGAUCGCUCCGAUCCGAUUGUGUUAAGUGAACUUUUCUUUCGCUCCCGCAGUGAGUGUGUUUUUGGUGAACUAAGGUUAAGGCCAGUCGCAGCACCAGCAACAGGAUGUCCGGAGAGCGGCCGUCCUGCGAGGAGAAGAAACCGCUGAACCGCAUUUUUAUGCGCCCCGGCGUGAUCGAGGAGGAACCGGACUCGCUCGACAGUGUGAUCAGCAAUCUGCCGCUGACGAUCGUGCCGAGCUUGGCCCGCAUUUCGACCCACGGCAGCGCCUUCAGUCGGCAGGAAAGUGUGAGGAGUCGUGCACUGCGCCCGGGAACGACGCGAAAGUAUCGACGCCGUGCGAUUCUCAAGAAUGGAGACUGCAACAUUGUCCUCUCGAAGGUGUCGCGGCAGCAGUGGCGCUUCCUGCAGGACAUCUUUACGACGCUUGUGGACGCGCAGUGGCGCUGGACGUUGCUCGUGUUUGCGUUCAGCUUCAUCGGAUCGUGGCUGUUUUUCGGCGCAAUCUGGUGGCUGAUUGCCUUCACCCACGGUGACCUGGAGGAGAUGCAUCUGCCGAAGAAUCAAGGCGAUUCCGGGUGGAAACCGUGCGUGUUCAACAUUGAAUCGUACACGUCCGCGUUCCUGUUUUCGAUCGAAACGCAAACCACCAUCGGGUACGGUUUUCGCACGACGACCGAGGAGUGUCCGGAGGCGAUCUUCAUCAUGUGCUUCCAGUCGAUCUAUGGUGUGAUGAUGCAAGCGUUUAUGGUGGGUUUCGUGUUCGCUAAGAUGACCCGCCCGAAGCACCGCACGCAGACGCUCUUGUUCUCCAAGCACGCCGUCAUUUGCCAGCGCGACGGUGAACUGUGCCUUAUGUUCCGGGUGGGCGAUAUGCGCAAGAGUCACAUCAUUGGGGCGAACAUCCGAUCGCAGCUCAUCCGCACGAAACUGUCCCGGGAGGGCGAAGUGAUGGCGCAGUAUCAGCACGAGCUGGAAGUCGGUGCCGACCAGUGCGGGUCGGAUCUGUUUUUCAUCUGGCCGCAGAUCGUGACGCACAAAAUCAAUCCCGAAUCUCCGUUCUACAAUAUGUCGGCCUCGGAUCUGCUGCAGGAUCGGUUCGAGAUCGUCGUCAUCCUGGAGGGUACGGUCGAGUCGACCGGCCAGUCAACGCAGGCCCGUUCGAGCUACGUCAACACGGAGAUCCUGUGGGGCCACCGGUUCGAGCCGAUCGUGUUUUACAACAAGGAGAACCAAAUAUACGAGAUCAAUUACAGCAAGUUCAACGAAACGCACGCCGUCGACACGCCGCUGUGUUCCGCGCGCGAACUGGCCGAGUUCUACAAGUAUCAGGACGACUACCGCAACCAAGAUCUAUACGACACCGUGUGUUCGAGGACGUCGUUCGAAAGGCGUUGGCAGCAACACUACACCAACACGAUCCGGACGCUGAGCACGAUCCACCUGGAGGACGAACGGGUGCCGCUGACCGCAGGCGUGCAGCCGCGCUACCUAACGAUCCACGCCGUCCCGAGGCGUCCUCGGUCGUACCACCAGCUCGAGAACAAUCUGCGCAAUCUCUUCGACCAGCCAUCGAUCACAAUCUCACCCUCGUCCGUGACCUCCGUCCGGACAGCUAGCCGGUAGUCAUCCCUGUCAGUCAGCCAGUCAGUUAGUCAGUUAGUCUCAUCAAAUGGCUAGUUUAGUUUUACGUAGCGUAGUGUAGGAAUCCCCAGUGCGAAUCUUUGUAACGAAUCCGUUGCGGCCGUUAUACGUAUAUUUAUGAUAGUUCUAGAAUCGUGAUGCUAAGAGCUCGGUGCUUUACACUCUAACGUGUGUAGUGAGUGCGCCAUCGCUGGCGCAGAGUGAGAAUAUUAAACAUUCCAUCGUAAAACCGA